AAAAAUGGUCUCAAGACGAAAAACUUCCUCUUCAAUGCCUUGUUAUCAACCAAUAGAUAUUGAUAAUAUUAUUAGUAGAUUAACUACUGUUUCGGCACAACAAACUCAAUGGAGACAUAGCUUGGAUGUAAGUGAACGAGAAAUUCGUUCAAUAUGUCAUCUAAGUCGAGAGCUUUUCCUCUCACAACCAAUGUUGUUAGAAUUAAAUGCGCCUCUUAAAAUUGUUGGCGACAUUCAUGGGCAAUUUUCUGAUCUUCUUCGUCUAUUCCGUGUUUGUGGCUUUCCCCCUUCUUCAAAUUAUCUUUUUCUUGGGGAUUAUGUAGAUAGAGGACCUCGCAGUCUCGAAACAAUCCUUUUAUUGCUUUGUUACAAACUUAAAUAUCCUCUCAACUUUUUUAUGCUUAGAGGGAAUCAUGAAGUUGCUGCACUCAAUCGAAUAUACGGGUUCUACAAUGAAUGCAAAAACAGAGUUAGUGUGCGUGUUUGGAAAGCUUUUCAAGACGUUUUUAAUUGUUUACCUAUUGCUGCUUUAAUUAAUGGAAGAAUUUUUUGUUGUCACGGCGGUUUGUCUCCUCAUUUAAGGACUAUGGAACAAUUAAAACGGAUUCAGAGACCUGUUGAAGUUAAAGAAUCUGGCCUUUUAUGUGAUAUUCUCUGGUCAGAUCCAGAGCCGGGUGUUCACACAGGAUGGGCACCCAAUGAAAGGGGUGUUAGUUAUGUAUUUGGAGCUGAUGUUUUGCACCAAUUUUUGGCAAAAAUGGAGUUAGAUUUAAUUGUUAGAGGGCAUCAAGUAGUCGAGGAUGGCUAUGAAUUCUUUGGAAGGAGGGGGCUUGUAACGGUUUUUUCUGCUCCUAAUUAUUGUGGAGAAUUUGAUAAUGCUGGGGCUGUGAUGAAUGUUGAUAGGGAAUUACUUUGCUCUUUUCAAAUUUUAAAACCCUCUACAUCAACAACAAAUACACCAAACAACAAUUUAACAACAACAACAAAUUCUUCAAUUUUAAGAGAACGAAAAAGUAACAUUUCUUCUUCUUCCGAUUCUAAUAAAUUAAUAGAUCGGCCAAAAAGGUCUUGGAAUAUUAACAAAAAUAUAAAUAACAGCGGGUUUAGAUGAUGAUUAGACAGAAAAGGAAAAUGAUAAGAAUUA